UGCGUGCGUCAAGUGUAACAUUCCAACAGCAUUGUUGCCAGGCCACAAUGGAGCCAGACCGUCAAUGUGUGUAUCUGUGUAUGCGCGCGUGAGCGCAGGAGUGACUCACUCGGUAGGCCUGUUGCCUGGCAACCCUGGUGCUCCUCCUCCAAUUGAGGCAGUUUACUGUGCUCGUCCUCAGCGCCGCCCACUGGCCAGCAUGGAGGCUGCGGCUGUGCACGGCGAGACGGAGGCGCUGCAGCAGUUCUUCCGUGGUCACGACGUCAGGCAAGUUCUGGACAAUUCGGUUGCCGUGGAUACCAGCAUCCUGGAGCAGUACCUCAGCAGCGACUUCAAUGCUUUCCCGCUUCCCGAGUCUCCCCCUAACUCGGACGUCUGCUCACCCGAGCGGAUUCCAGAUUUCCAAACGGAGAUUUCCUAUUGGUCCGAGCGGCCCCUCCUCCGGCCGACCGCAUGCCGCUCGCAUUUUGGCCGAUCCGACGGCGGCUCCGUAGCUCCGUCGCCGUCCGACAGCUACGUCGUCGGCGGGAUGCCGUCGGGCUCGCCCGCCAGCCUGCUGACCUCAGCCUUGCCUUUGCUAAACUGCUUCCCCGACAGAAGCAAACGAAAGCGAAGCGAGUCGCAGGACUCGUCGGCGGGACCCGACCGACUUGCGCUCGGAGACGAGGGGACCCAGGGCGGACCCGUCCUCGGCGGGCGCUUGAGCUGGGAGUCCUUUUGUCCGGCCGAGUGGAGCGCCGUCCUUGAUGCAAACUUGCACGUCAUGCCCCCGCCGUCCUUGGCCGUGGCGACGGACAAAGGCUUCAACUUCUCGCCGACCGACGAGGCUUUUGUGUGCCAGAAGAAGAACCACUUCCAGGUGACGGUUCACGUGGGUGUGGCCAGAGAGCCCGCCUACGUGAGAACGCCGCGCGGCGUGCGCCAUCUCCACUACUUUGAGAUCGACGUGUUUGGGGUCAAGAUGGAAUCUCCGGAGCAUCGCGUGAGCAUGGAGCAGUCUCGGGCCGACCGCACCAAGAAGCCUUUGGGGCCAGUCAGGGUUAGCGUGGCCGCCGGCGUCGUGGGCAAAGUGACGUUAGGACGGCUUCAUUUCAGCGAGACCACCGCCAAUAACAUGAGGAAGAAGGGGCGGCCCAACCCAGACCAGAGGUACUUCCGGAUGGUAGUGGGGUUGUACGGCGCCGUCAAGGAGGAGGACCAAGACGAGGAGCCGUCAUCCUUCCUCCUGGCCGCCCUCCUGUCCGAGAGACUCAUCGUCAGGGCCUCUAACCCCGGCCAGUUCGAGAUGGACGGCGACGCCCUGUGGCAGCGGGGGGCGGAGCACGAGGCCGUGACGUGCCACGGCCGGGUGGGCAUCAACACAGAUGCCCCCGACGAGGCGCUAGUGGUGUGCGGCAACGCCACCGUCAUGGGCCGCGUCAUGCAGCCGUCGGACGGGCGCGCCAAGAGCAACAUCCGGGAGGUGGACGGUGAGGAGCAGCUGGGGAGGAUCACGCGCAUGCGCCUGGUGGAAUUCGACUACAAGCCCGAGUUUGCCUCCAAGAUGGGCAUCAAACACACGCACCAGACAGGCGUCCUGGCUCAAGAGGUGAAGGAGCUGCUCCCUUCGGCCGUCAAGGAGGUCGGCGACAUCACGUGCCACGGCGGCCAUAGGAUUGACAACUUCCUGAUGGUGGACAAGGAUCAGAUCUUCAUGGAGAACGUGGGCGCGGUGCAGCAGCUUUCCAAGAUGGCAGACAGCCUGGAGACCCGCGUGAGCGAGUUGGAGGUUUGGAAGCGGCGCCUCGCCAAGCUCAAGAGCCUGACGGGAAGUCUGCGCUCCAGCGGGACGUCAAGGAAGCCCAGCACCGCGUCGGCGGCAACGACGCAGAGUUUCCACGGGGCUCUCAAAGCCUCCGAGGAGGACGCCUGCGUGUCGCAGAGAAUGUUUCGCGCCGGCGUGUUCACACUGUGCCUCGCCGUCGCCGCCUGCAUCAUCACCAUCGGCACCGUGUACCUGCUCAACUUGAUGCAAGGCAACGUUGGGCCGCCUUCCAGCGUCAGUAACAGCAGCGUACUUCCCACACCAGCCGGCGGCGGCAGCUCAGCGCCGCCCGUCAGCCCCCCGGGGCCGUGGCCCCCCGACGUGCACUUCUGCCAUCUGCUGUACUGCGACGCCGUGUACUGCUGCCCCUCGCCAGCGGAGGCGCCGACCCGCGGCCGGCCGGCCACGGAGCGGGUGAGUGGCCGGCGCGGGCCCAUGACGCCACUGCGCGGGACACCGAGCGACAAUGCGCUUUUGUUUGCAGAGAAAAGCCAAGACGAGCUUCUGCAGAAGCUUCAAAGCGCUCCGGACUGGACAAACACCACCAUCGAGUCCUUCGUGAUCAAAGAGAACCAGCAGGUGAUUGACAGCCGCUACUGCGUGCGAGACGAGUGCGGACCCGACAGGUUCGUCUUCCAAGUCCCCGUCAGUCCGUUUGUCCCCGUCAACAUGCGAGUGACCCUCGUCAUGAAUUCCACCGAGCUGCUGGUGGUGCACCUGUGCGCCUCCCACGAGUCGGCCGCCUGCACCGCCCCGCGCCACGCCGAGCCGCUCGGUGCCGCCGGCUACGCCUCCAACACGCAGGGGGAACACGAGUGGCCGCUGCACGUGGCUCGCCUCUAUCACAGCUCCUACCACUUUCGAUCCACCGUGGCUGGCCAAGCCGACUGCAGUACCGACCAUCACUUUGGGGGGGCGCUGUUCACAGACUACCAUUUCUACUUCUACCGUCGCUGCAGCAACUGAAGCAGCCACUUGGUUUUUUUUUUGGGGGUUUGUUUGUUUUCUUAUCCGAGUCCAGUCUCAAAGGUGUGACAGAAUGAAAAACAAAUAAAGAUGAAAAUAAACAUAAAAGCGACUCGGUCACGACAUCAUAACGUCCCGCAGUACUGACGAGUGGACGCCGGCGGCCCGUAGACUUUGUUGCAGUCGUCGCGCGGUGGCGUUCUUGCCUUGCGAGCGUCGCCACAGCAACAGGGCGGCCAGCGCGGCGUCGUGGCAACUGAGCGCGUGGUCGGCGCGGCAACGGAAGAGGGCGGCCGACGACACGCCCAGGUCCAUCGCCACAGCUUCCCACUCGCCUCCCA